CUCCGCCGCAUUGUUUCAAAUAAGCCCUGUGUACCAUGGGCCCUCCUGACGUCGUCCCUUGGAUACCUCCCGGCAAGCGGGAUGAGGAUUAACAAAAGAUACGUACCCAAGAAUGGUCCUCGGUCUGCUCACAGCCGUCGCAGCAUGUCCAGCCAUAGUCGGCGUCAACGAAACAGUCGUCCAAGGCCAGCGCCAAAACGCCAAAAACAGACAUCGCGGCCGGAAAUCGAAUCUGGUCGUUUCCUGUAAUGAUCCGUCGCGGCGAAGUAGAGAAGUAAACGGGUGCUAUAUCGUUCUCAGGAAUAACAAGCUCUACGUCUCGACACCAUCCGCUCACGAUAGAACACAGGGACACAACGGACACCUCUUUGCGGGCUAUUUCUUUCCCCAUCCCGAGCUUAAAUGGGGCCGCAAGGGUGAAGGGUUCGUAUCUACUAUUCGAGAUAAUCCGCCGUUCUUGAACUGGAUAUACGUCGACAAGGAUACGUAUGAGGUCAAGUAUGGUAAUCGUGCGGAGUCGGAGGGGCAUUUCCUCGGACCGUUCAGCUGUACGCCUAUUGAGAAGCGGUUAACCUUUGAUGAGUGGGAGGGGUUUGUAGUCGUGGAGGAGCCGGUUGCAGCAGAGGAGGAGGACGGCCCUGGAAGUGCUAAUUGGGCGUUGUAUUUCGAUGUUGAUGAUGAUGGGCUGGGCGAGAAGGUUCCGCUGGAUCGGAGGGUGUUAGAGAUAGAAUUGGUGCGCAAGGAGAUGAGGAUUCCUCCUGUCGAGGAGGAUGACGAGGGGCCGUGCUGAUGAUUGCGAAGUUGCAUUCGGGAAAGUAUAGCAAUAUACAUCCAUUUGACUUGGAUCAUUCAUCCUUCUGUUAUACUCCAGCACUGAUAAAUGAUUCUUUUAUCAUAAAAGACAAAACAGAACAAUAAAAACCGCAUAGCAGUAACCCAAAGCACCAAAUCAAAAGGCUCUAGGCUGCAUCCCAUUAACAGCACCCUGCGUUGCUCCUUGCACCGUACCCUGAGACGGCAUAGUCCUCUGCUGCUGCUGCGAUGGACCUCCUGUCACCCCCUGCACAGUGUUACCGACAAGAUUGCCAGCACUGUCCGUGACUCCGCCGACAGUACUCCCAAGGCCCUGCGUCGUCUUGCUCAUGCCGCUGCCGACACCGUCAACGGCCUGGCCGAGACCAGCACCAACACCCUGGACGGUGCCGCCAACGCCCUGGCCCAGUCCCUGGGUGGUUUGGCCUAAGGUGUUCCCGAGGCCACCGAGAAGGCCGCCCUGGCCCUGGUUCUGGUCGUUGGGGUUGUUGUUUCCGAGGAGGCCGGCCAUUGUUAUUGUUUUUGGAAUAGAGUAUGUUUGUAGGCCUGGUUUGUUUGGGUGAAAAUUGAGUAGAAGAAGUCGUUGUUUUUGAGUCUUCGUAGAUAUGGAUUUUUUUUUUUCAAGCAGAAGUAGUCCUAUAUAUGCC